GAUUAGGCAUAGAUUGGCUAUUCAUCUUGAUAAAAAUGCCAGCAUCUAAUAACAUAUGGCUUACAGUCCACUACUUCCGUUUUCAUUAUCUCCAUGCUUUCGUCUUUAAUGCUAACAUGUGUAUUGUGGCCAAGAAAAACUACUGAAGCUGACCGAAUGCAAAUCAUUCAAUUUUUUGCACACAGAUUUCAAUUUAGUUACAGUUCAUUUAUGGUUUGCAACCCACCCGUCUAACAACUAAAACUUGUGUGCAGCUGAGCUACAUCCGACUUCAUUGCGUUAUAUAUUAUCAUUAGAAUUAGCAUUGACAUCUCUCUCACUUGACUUAUUUACAAAAUUGGGAAAAAAAAACAGUCUGGUCUUUGUUAAGUGCAGCCUAAAGCUCAAACUCUUAGCCUUGCAGUUCCAGAGCUUUUAUCUGAGCAUGUGGGUGUGCUAACUUUGUGAUAUCGUAUGGUGGGUGUUUGGAUUUCUAGGCAUGGGGGUUUAAAAUGGAUUUUGUCGACGAGAGAAGUGGAAAGUGAAGGAAUCCUGCUUUUGAAAAAUGUUGAAGAAUAAUCUCUUUAGCCUUUCGGCUGCAGCUGCCAAGCUGGUGCAGGAAUAACUACAAUUGGAACACUGUUGAAGACAUCUCAAAGAGAAGCUAGUUUCCCUAUCAAACAAAAAAAUAAUUUUACCAACAUUAAAGAAAAAGUUGCACCCCCUUUCCACCUACGCGCCUUGUUUAUAAAAAUCUAUACACAAUCGUAAAGAGUAGCUUCUUAAAUCUGUUAGGCAAUAGGAUUCAUAAUUGUUUCAAUUUUUUUUCCUUCACCUGUGACCAUACCCUGUACAUAACAAGUGGGCAACUGUAAUCUGUUUAUUUUUGCGUAUCAGGCUCUAUCUGCAAAUUGGGCUGUAUCACUAAUAGUUUGAAAGAGCAAGAAAUUCAUUGAUUUUGUUUGAAUACCCUUCUGCAGGAUAGGCUGUGCUUACUACUUAGAGAGAAAUCAAAUUAGUUUCUAAUUGCAUUGAACCUUAAACGAAGGCAGGGAAAAUUAAGAGGGGAGUUAUCCAAUGCCAGGAAGUAUCCGAGUAUCAGUUCUCGAGUCAGUAGAUUUGCCUCCGGAAGCCACAGGAGGAAAAUACGUGUCAAUUAAAGUUAGUAUUGGCAAAAAAGAAUUCCAGACAAAGCCUUCUGAAGUAAAUGGAGGAAGAACAGCAGCGUGGAAUUCAAAUUUUGCUUUCCCGGUACUAAAUCUUCAAGACAAUCUAAUGGUGGCACUUCUUGAUAGCAAGGGCAAUGCCAUUUCUCAAACAGAGAUUGGAACCCCAAUUAUUGUUGAGAAGGGCUCCUUGGAAGAAAUAUUUCCCCUUAAAGGUGGCGGGUGUGUUCAUCUAAGGUUAAGCUUUGUUCUAACAUUGGAGGAGCGCAUGAAGAUUGAGGCCAUGAGGGAGGCUGCUCUUGAAAAGAAGUACAGAACUGUCAACAAAAAUCCCACCACCCAGGUACUGAACUCAGGAAAAGAGAACAGGACUAGUGCUCUGAUUUCUGGCACGGUCAUUUCACAAAAAAUACUUAGGGAUGUUAUUAGUAAAGAUGAAAGCUACAAUGAGAAGAAUCAAAUAACAACUAUAGUUGUUCCCCGAGUAUCAUUACCAAAUGAGAUGCAAAAGAAAACAGAGACUACUGAACGAACAUCACUUGCUCCAAUAUCAUCACCAAUUGAAAAUGUCAUUCAUAAAGAGACUUCUAGUCAUGAUUUAAAGGAUAUAUCUGAUCAGAAUUUGGAAGAAAAUGGUUGCCAGUAUCUGCCUGUAAAUGAACUCGAGGAAGCAGCUGCAACUGUUUCAUCUAAAGAGCUCACUCCACCCAUCAAAGAUUCAUCUUUGCUUUCUGAUAACACGUCAUUUCCAAAAUAUGAGAGUAUAGAGGUCGUGCAAGAAAAUACCCUGUUGGCAAAUGAAAAUAUAAUGCUUGCUCAGUUACCCCCUGUGAAAGACAGCCUUGCAGAAUUGGAAAAUUCAGAGGUCCAUAAUUUUACCGAUAAGUUUUCUGUGAUUGGACAUGGGCAGAUUGAGUUUGAAAAGAAAGAUACAACAUCAAUAAUUGCAGACAUGGUAGUUUCUGAGACACCAAUAGCUUCUUCAGGAUCCUGUCUUCUGCCAGAUUCUUCAGAUAGUCAUGAUUUUGUAAAUUUAGAUACUCAAUUUCAUGGUGGAACUCCUGAUAUGCCUUCUGAAUCAAAUUCUUUGUCAGGAUCUGAGGGAACUGCAAAUUCUUUAUCUGUAAUAACUUCAAGUGAAGAAGGCAUACCUACCUCAAGUUUACCUACUUUUCCGAAUGUACUGGCAUCACAUUCUUCUGAAUCAAAUUCUUUGUCAGGAUUUGAUGGCACUGCAAAUUCUUUAUCUGUAAUAACUUCAAGUGAAGAAGGCAUAGCUACCUCAAGUUUAUCUACUUUUCCGAAUGUACUGACAUCACAUUCUUCAAGGGAUGGUUCUAUUUCCUUGUCUCAUUUGGUAGAUAGCCCAGGUGAUGCAACAGAAGAGAAAACUAUUCCCUUUCCAAACAUUUCCCCCAAGAGCACUCAACUUGAUCAAAAUUUUCAGCUACAUCAGUCCAUUCAUUCAACUGAAAUUCCACAUGCUUCAACUACAUAUGAUAGUAUCCCUGGCAAAGAAAUCAUUACUGCAAGUCAUCCUGAUUCUGACUUUUGUACAGAAGAUUUGUGUACGGAUCAAACUUCGGCUAUUGUGAUCAAUACUGAAAACACACAACUGCUUGCUCAAAAUAUAUGCUUGGCACAAAGCAGUAAUAUUGAUUCUCUCUACAAAGUCUCACAAUCAGACACUGGAAAUGGUUCCUUAUCUGGUAAAGAAACAGAGGGAGUUUGUGAAGCAUCAUCUUUGCAGGCAGUUCCAUGUCAACCAUCAUCAACAGCAAAAGGCCUUACACAAUCUGUUUCUUCCAAUGUCUCUCAGCUGAUUGAUAACAAGUUUCACAUUGUUCUGUCCACUUCUUUUCCUAAUCCUCAAGCAUCACGCACUGUAAUAGGGGAUGGUAGACAGAAUAGUGUCAAAGCAAAAAUAAAAGUUUUUGAGAGCACUUUAUCCUCACAGACUAAGAAGGGGGUUAAACAGAGUGGUGUGAAGGAAAAGAUAAAGGUUUUUGAAAGCAGUUUAUCUCAGGACCCAGAUAGUCAUACCAUUUCCUCACCAAAAACAAAUCACAAAAUUGAAGCACUAAGGGCUCGGCAGCGGUUACAGGAAGAAGCAGCUUCUGCAGAAGCUGCAGAGGCUAGAAGGCGGGCUGAAGAAGAGCAAGCAAAAAUGAAAAGCACCACUGAGGAAAGAGAUGGAAAUAAGGAUUUCCAGAAGAGGCAGGAAGAGUUACGAUUCUCAACACCAGCUAAGCUGAAAAGAAAAGAUUUGGAAAGAAAUGAGGAAGGGGAUAAGAGACAACCACAGAAAGAUGUAAAAAAUAUCACAAAUUCUAAAGAGGAUAUAAGAACACAGACAUUCAGAGAAGAGGAAGAGAGCACAUUAACGAAACACCCGAAAGAGAAAGGAAAGAAUCUAUCAAGGGCAAUUAAAUCUAAAGAAACGAUGACAGAAAAUGAUUGUAUGCAAAGAGCUGUCAACUGGGAAACAAUGAGACUUGGUGAGUUACAAUUGAAUAGAGAUUUUCAAGGCACAGUUGUGAAACCAGAUAUAUCUGCAAAAGAGAAUGAAGUGGUAGAGAAAUCACUGAUGUAUGAAUCUACAAAAGUGACACGGAGUAGCAAAGCAUCUGAACAAAACCGGGAUGUAGGAAUACAAGCGGGGGAAAGCCAGCUUAUUAAGCCUAAAGGUGUAAGAUCAGUUAUGGAAGCCAGGGCAACCAGGAAUGAAAAGGGAAAAAAGGAGCAAAGCAGUAAUCAUGACCAUAUCAUUGAGCAAACAGUGCAUUCCAUGAUAUCAGGACGGUCAUUUGCUGAGGACAUGUCAGCUGAAAAAGAUCCUACCAUACCAGAUGAAAAACUUGAGGAUUUAGUAAAUGGCUCCACAGAAUUUGGGGGAUUUAUUAAACAGGCAUUGAGUGCAGCAGCAUUGUUGGCUACUGGAGCACUCUUAAUGUGGCUGAGAGGAGAAACAAUGAAAGCGAGGAGGUCUCGCAUGGCUCAACCCAAUAAUCAGCAUUAUUUCCUACCAAAUGAAGAGGCAACAAGUAGGAGUCUUCAAGGAGAAUUCGGUGAGCCAAAUGGAAUCUCCAAUUUCAGUCCAGAGGCAAUGGAAGUUAAAGAGAUGCAACAAAUUGGAGGAAUUGGAGAUCUUCGACUUCCAAAAUUGAGAAAUAAACUACAAAUAGAUACAAAAAGAGAUUCAAUUAAAUCAAGAUUCCACUUCUUAAAUGAAGAGGAACAAUAUUUGGAAAUGAUUGUUCGAAGAGAACGACAACAACUUCAAACAUUAGCUCAUGCAUUUUGCAAGAUCAUCCAAAGGGCACAACAAGAUAUGGUCUUGAAUAAGGAUGAAUUAUGUGGAUCAAUUCAUACACAAAGAGACUUAGAUAUUUCCUUAAAUAGUACAGAGUUACAACGACAUGUAUAUCUAGAUAACUCUGACAAGUUGCAAGAAGAAAAAAUUAGAUUUGUGGCACCAACUCCUGAUAUGAUGAAAAAAAUAAGAUAUGAUUCUACAUGUAUAGAAAAGUUACAAAGCAAUAUCAAAGAUCUUAAAGAGAAAUCUUUAGAUGUAUUAAAUUCAGUGAAAGAAAUUGAGCUAAGGCGUCGAAUGGUUCAUGAAGAACUUGGUAUACUUUCAAGAGCAACACAAGAAGAUCCAAAUAAGAUCCUUUACAACCGAUAUAUUUUCAUGCCAUAUUUCAAAGGAAACUUAAAAUUUCAAAAUGUAAGACCCAUAACAUCAUCAAAUUUAAAUGAGCGAUGUUGUGCAUGCUUAUCUAAUCUUGAACAUGAUGGGUUUUAUGGAUUGCAAUGCAAUCAUUUAUACCAUUUCAGUUGUCUUUUAAUAUAUCUUAUUGGUCAAAACAAAUGUGCUACUUGCAAGGAUGUAAUAUCUUAUGAGACAUACUUGAAUCUUGGGAUUGAAGAUUUUAUUCCCAAGGAAGAAAUUUUAGAUGUAGGAUCCUAGCUAGUCCUUGAUUAU